AAGUGUGUGCUUUCACAAUGUUGGAGAACAAAGAAAAUGGCUUUGUGAUUGUGGUACUCAAAUUCUCAGAAAGUUCAGCUAAAAUCUACAGGUACUCCUGUCAAUACUGGAGUUCUCCUUCUCUUUCCACUGUGUGGCAGAACUUUUAAAGAGAAGGAAGGUCUGAGUUUAAGAGUGCUGGAAUAACACUCCUAUUGUAAUUUUUGGCAUUUUACCAUUUGGAAGUUUAUUUUCUCCUUUUAUGUAUAUUCCAAUUCCUUGCUCUGGUUUUGCAACAUUAAAUGUAGGAUUUAAGGAUUUUACACUGUAUUCUAAUCCCCCUGCCCCCCAGUAUCACAACCUUCUUUUCUAAUGGGGGUCACCCCGUCUCCCUUUGUGCCCUUCUGGCCUCCUGAUUCCAUAUAGAGUAAGCCUAGUGAGACCCAAGGUCAUCAGCUCCUGCCUUUGUGCUAGGACAGGCAAACAACCCAGGCCAAUCGCUAACCUGGUUUUUAAAAACCUCCAAUCAGAGAAGACCCACAACUGCUUUUUGUGCACUGGUGCCCUGUGCAACUGCACACUGGAAAUGUCUUUCCCUAGCUCUGUGCAUCCUUAUCUCACUGUUCUAUUUUCUUCCUCAUGUGAACUAACCCUUUCUUAGUUUUCGCUGAACUUCUAGGCCUUCUCUUCCUAGAAAUGGUGGAGGACGAAUGUUCUCUGUGAACAGCCAAGAUAGCAAGAAUCAACCCUCAUUUUUCCUUGGGAAGGCUGAUAGUUUAAAAGGUUUGUUGUGGCUCUGUCAAAAACAUUCCCAGCUUGUCACCAACUCUUCUCUUCUACUGCUACCCUCUGGAGACCACUUGGACUCCGAAACGGACAGGACAGAGAAUUCAGGAAACCAUGCAUCAUGUCAGCGGGGGCCGAGUGCAGACUUUAAGCUCUGUUCGGCAUGUGCACGCCUCAGAGAAAUGACCUGUCGGGACAAGCCUGGGCGACUUAUAAACUGGUUCUUCUGCGCCCUGUGCGGCCCGCGGGCGCGGAAGCUCUGGAGCAGCCGGCGUCCCAGGACCCGGCGGAACCUGUUGCUGGGCACGGCCUGUGCGAUCUACCUGGGCUUCCUGGUGAGCCAGGUGGGGAGAGCCUCUGUCCAGCACCCGCAGGCAGUUGACAAGGGGCCAUCCCGCGGCCGGGACACCGCCGAGGCCCCCUUCCCAGAGAUCCCUCUGGAUGGGACUCUGGCCCCGCCCGAGACCCAGGGCAAUGGGACCACCCUGCAACCCAACGUGGUGUACAUUACCCUACGCUCCAAGCGCAGCAAGCCUGCCAAUAUCCGUGGCACGGUGAAACCCAAGCGCAGGAGGAAGCAUGGGGUGGCAGCUGUGGGCCCUGGGCAGGAGGCAGUGGCUGGACCAUCCCUUCAGCCUCAGGAAGCCGCAAAAGCAGCCGACGCUGAAGUGCCUGGGUACGUGCAGGGAGGACCCCUAGUCAAGGCUGGAGAGCGACCCUGGAGGUUGGUGCGAGGUCCUGGAGUUCGAGUGGCCAGUUCCCCCUUGCAGCUGCCCAGGGCCAGAGAGAGCAACAUCAGGAUCUACAGCGAGAGCGCCCCCUCGUGGCUGAGCAAAGAUGACAUCCGCAAGAUGCGCCUGCUGGCAGACCAAGCGGUGGCCGGGCUCCAGCCAGUGUCCUCUAAUAGUGGUGCCCGCCUGCUGGUGAUGGAGGGGAGCAGCGCUGGCUCUGUGCCCCGCUGUGGCCCUAGUCCCUGUGCGCUGCUCAAGCAGCCUUUGGACAUGAGUGAGGUGUUUGCCUUCCACCUGGACAGGAUCCUGGGGCUCAACAGGACCCUGCCAUCUGUGAGCAGGAAAUCAGAGUUCAUCCAAGAUGGCCGCCCGUGUCCUGUCAUUCUCUGGGACUCAUCUUUAGCUCCAGCAAGCAAUGAUACCCACUCUUCGGUUAAGAUCACCUGGGGAACUUAUCAGCAAUUGUUGAAACAGUGCUGGCUGAAUGGCCGAGUCCCCAAACCUGAGUGGGGCUGCACUGCAGUACAUCACCAUGAGUGGUCCAAGAUGGCUCUCUUUGAUUUUUUGUUACAGAUUUAUAAUCGUUUAGAUACAAAUUGCUGUGGAUUCAGACCACGCAAGGAAGAUACCUGUGCACGCAAUGGAUUGAGGCCAAACUGUGAUGAACCAAAUUCUGUGGCUCUAGCACACAUUGUCCAGCGAAAGCAUGAUCCAAGACAUUUGGUCUUUAUAGACAAUAAGGGCUUCUUUGACAGAAGUGAAGAUAACUUAAACUUCAAACUGUUGGAGGGCAUCAAAGAGUUUCCUGAAUCUGCAGUUUCUGUUUUGAAGAGCCAGCACUUACGGCAGAAACUCCUUCAGUCUCUCUUUCUUGAUAAAGUUUACUGGGAAAGUCAAGGAGGUAGACAAGGAAUUGAAAAGCUUAUCGAUGUCAUAGAACAGAGAGCCAAAAUUCUUAUCACCUACAUCAAUGCACAUGGGACCAAAGUAGUACCUAUGAAUGAAUGACAAGUGGAUCUUAUGGCUAGAUUGAUAGAUACAGUCAUACAUUUUCUGUUUGUUUUAAAACUAACAACAUUAACCUCAAUUCCUUCUAGGAAUGAGGCAUUAUAGAUGAAUACAUAAAAUAAAUAAUUUAACCAAAUAUAUAUGAUGGACCUGUGCACUGUAUGCAGAUUUUAAAAAGUUUUUUAAAAGAUACUGCUCAAAAAUGCUUGUUUGUAUUUUUGUCUAAGGUCAUGACAUCUGUGUCUCAACAUCUUUAAUACAAAAUACUAUUGAUUAUAAUUCUAACUAGCUUUGAAAACAUUUGUUGUGUUAUUUAAUAAGCAGUAUAAGCCAGAGGUAACAAGUCAUUUAUACCAUAUUUUAUAUCAUGUCACAGGUCUGUACUAAUGGAAAUGUUUAUUGAUAGUCUGUUGCUAAUGUUUAAAGCAGCAGCCUCCUCACUGCCCAGAAGCAGUUCUACAUUGGAAAACUGAGGCAUAUGAUCAGAAAGAAAAUCAGAGCCUCUAAAUAUACUCUAAAUAAAAAUGGUGGAUUAAUUGCAAAGCUGCCAGUAUGUUUUCUAUAGUGUUUAUAAUCAGUCUUCUCUGAGCAGCAAGAAUCAUAUAUUCCACUCUGCUUUAGAAAGUUAUUUUAUUGUCAACAUAGAAACAUCCACAUCUAGCAGCUGAUACAUUAGUCAGCUUUGCUCUCUCAAUUUUGAUCCAGUUUAUGACUAGUGGUUUAGAAAUCAAACUAUUCUAAGUUAUGAAGUUACCUAUUUGAAAAUGUACUUUAGAGUAUCUCCUUUUAAUUGAUUUUAAAAAAUUUGUCAUUUUACAAAGAAUAUACUAUUUCUGUAUAUUUUAUUAAUAUACUAGAUUUGUAUUCAGUGUACUUAGAUUAAAUCUGAUUUAACUGCUAUUACUCAGAUAUUGACUCUAAGCCCAGAUAUUGACUGUGUUUAAAUAUAUUGUCUCACUCUUUCCAAUAUGAAACACACAAACAAAGCAAAUUAAAACCUGCCUCUGAUCAAGUCUUCUCAAUGAGGACACAUGAUCUGAACCAAAACAAUGAAUUUGGUCAGUAAGUCUCAAAUUAUCCCCCCAAACAUGAAAGGACUUGGAAAUAGAGUACUUAUGUUUCAGGAUUUUAUGUUCCUGGAAGAUAUCCAAGAUAACCAGGUAAUAGGUUCUCAUAUAGAGGUUUCAAAUCUAGAAUGAACCUUCAUUUUUCUCCCACCCUCAUCUGCCUUAUCCCUUGUUUAAAAGUCAAUUCACUGUUUAGGCAUGGUGGUGCAUGCCUGUCACCCAGCACUCCAGAGGUUGAGGCAGGAGGAUGUUGAGUCUGGGCUAGCCUGCGCUAGUCUCAUUGUCCACUCACUCCAAAAAAAGUUUUAUUUACUGACUUUUUCCUUUCCUUAAAAGUUUAAAAAUACAAAUUAUGAAUUUUUAUAAUACAUCUGUCCUCUCCUCAGUUUUGUUAUUGCUGAAGUGUUCUGGUCAAGGAUGACCAAAUAUCAGUAUGUAUUAAAACUAUCAAUGACUUUACAAUGCAGGCUAGAUUUGAAAAGAAAUACAAAUCUAGAGUCUAAUUUAUUGAAAUGUAUAGAGCAAGUUGACAGAAUUCCAUGUUAGGUAGAAGACAAGAUGGACCAAGAAGAGACGGAUCAUUUGAUUAUCUAAUUAUAACCUAUUCAGGCUUACAUUUAAGAACUAAUAUUUAGCAUCCUUACUUGUCACCCUGGUCCUUGGAAAGUUGAUCUUUUGAAUAGUUGUCUCUUCAGUUUCCCCUCUGUGGCUCUGGGUGUCUCCUCUGCAUCCACAAAUUCAUAGUAUUUGUUGACUACCACUUUUACCUGUUGUCUCUGAGUUUUCUCUCUUAAAUCUUCCUCUUAAUGAAAACUUGGUGCAGUGAAGGAUUGGAAACCCAAUUCUAAAUUGAACUCCUGACUUGAAUUACCAUUUUGGAGAGUUUCCUCAUGCCUUGUCUUAUCACGGUGACGUACUUGCAUUUAAUAUUCUUCUUCCCCUAGAAUUCACCAUCUUAAUUCAAGUUUGUGUUAUCAGUGAUGGGAAUUCCAGACUUUUUCAAAGCUAGCUUUAAUGUGGUCUUAAGCUAUCUUGUUUUAGGGCAUCCUGGUCCUCCCAUGUGUGGUUCUGAGUGUAUUUGCCUCCAGUUACUCCAAAUGCUUAAUACUACGUGAAAAUCCCAGGGACACACGUUUUAGCUACAUUUGCCUUUUAACAUGUAGUUUAUUUUGUAAUCAGUGAAUAAUUCAUGAUGUACUAUUUUUGAAUAAUGGAUAACAAGGGCUAAGCUUUUAAUUCUAAUAAGUAACACUUUUUUUCUUUUCUCAUAUUAAAACAAUGCAAAUACUUUGUGCAUUUCAAAUGCUGUGAUGUGGUUCACAUAAGCACAUUAUGUAGUUUAUUUAUAAUGUUAUGACAAAUUUAAAAAAGGACAAUUUACCUUGGCAGACAUACAAGAAGUUAUUCUUGUGUGAAGCUACUUUCUUUAAGCUGAAGAUAUGAAAAUGAAUA